AUGAUUGACAAAUUACCAGAAAGUGUUUGGAUAGCCAAAGCAAACUGUCAACAUCCUCGCGAUAAUCUAACACAAGAUGAAUCUGCUGCUAUUCGAUUGUAUACAAUGGGAAGUAUUCAUAAGCACCUUAACGAAAUGUUACGUUCGAAAAACAGAGCAAAAUCUCUACCUCCUUGGCUUCCUUAUUUGAAAUUACUUCUGACGGCAUUAUGCAAACUACCAGCAGUUAAAAAGACGGUUUGGCGUGGAACCAACGUAGAUUUAAGUACAUUGUAUGAACCGGGUGAUAAACGUGCAUGGUGGGGUUUCAGUAGCUGUACAGAAUCAAUUGAAGUAGCUGAUCCUUUUCUUGGUAUAUCUGGUUGUCGAACACUGUUCUGUAUUGAAUGUGAGAGUGGUAGACUAAUCACGCCACAUUCACAGAUUGAAGAUGAAAAUGAGAUUUUGUUACUGCCCGGUUUUUAUUUUCAAGUGGUAGGAAUGAGAAAGAGUGAUGAUGGUUUCCCUAUUAUUCACGUCAAAGAAGUCCAAUCGCAACAUAGACUUUUGGAAUCACCGUUUUCGCCCAACGAACGAGCAGAUAAUCAAACAAAUAGCAAUCUGGAUAUUGAUGAGUGCAUCUCGAUCAAACCGAACCACCCCACUUAUGGAAUUAACGUUAUCGAAACUGGAGAACAAAAUCGAAUAGCAGCUGCAGCCAAUAAAGAACAACGUUCAAUUUUAUCGUGUGUCAAGAACAGCGAUGCAGCAAAACUAAAUUUAUCCGAGUUAGUUCAAGCCGGUGAACUAAUGUACAUUGGUAAAAAACGUGAUGAAAUUCUAUCAGUCAUCGUCACUCAAUUUCGUCAGACUAACAAUUUUCCUUUGUUCGUCGAUGAAUGUCUAAUUCCAAUAAUGUAUUUGAUUAAACGUUAUCAAAAUUUAGAUGACUUUAUGGAAGCUCUAUCGUCAAAACUCUCACAAAUAUUUUUAUCUGUAACUGAACUACCAAAAGUUAGUUUACGAAUACUAAUACAUUUUCUUCUAAUGAAAUGUGAUGUAUCCUUAAGUCGAAUGAUUAUGACCUUGUUGUCUAAGCGUAAUCCCGUUCCAUUUCUUAAUCCUUCAACAACAACAUCACAAUACUCUAUUGUACCUGAAAUUAUUCACAUAUGGAACUAUGAAAUGCCGACACUUCUGUCGUUCGGCAUUGGUCAGUGUUCCGGUAAAUCAACGUUAUUGAACGCUCUUUUCAUGUCAACAUUCGAAGAAUCAUCAUCGUCCAUUUAUUUUCAGCAGACAAUUGAUAUUGAUUUUGGUUACGGUUUCUUGAGGACAUCGCCACGAUGUCUGAACAUUGCCGAUACACAUGGGAGAAUGACAAAACAGUUACUCUGUAAAAUCCACGAGUUAUUCGAUGGUUUUCUGUUGCACGUUGACUAUUCGUAUCUCCUGAAGAACAUCGAAACUGUUCUCGAUUUCAGCGACAUAUUAACGAGUAGAAAAUUUUGUCUGCUUCUUAUUCGUGAUUCGCCUUCAUCACAACUUAAUCAAAACGAUUCGUUAGUUCUAACACGUGUCUCUAGCCGUAUUCAAACAUUUAUGCUACCAUCUAUUGCUAAUCAAAAUAAACAGAGUAAACAGUUGAUUAGAACACUAAGUGAAAUUCUCGUAGUGAAACAGACAUUUCCAUCUCCUACGAAUGACAAAGAUUUUAUUAAAAAUGAAUUGAAGCGUCUGAUAAGUGACAAUAAUUAUAAAGAGCAUUUAACUAAAAUUGAAAGGACAAUUACACCGUUAAAACUUAAAUUACUUCAGUUAGUCAGAAAUGAGAAUUAUGUAGAAAAAUACUAUCCAGAAUAUUCUAAUUUUGUUGAACUAUGUAUUAUUGAACUAAAAGCAAGACAGAACUCAGUCAAAGAUAGUGGUAUUAUUUUUGAUUUCUUUGUAAAAAUAUUAAAAGCACCCAAUGCUCUGAUGUGCCUAAAUCUCUUAGCAGCACAACUGAAAGAAGAAUGUGAUCGUUUCAUUUCAACCGGUGAUAUGGCAAAACAGUUGCCGAUUGAACGAAAUCUAUCUCUGGAAGUCCUUUGGCGUAAUGCAAUCGUGUGUACUCGUUACCAGCCGUCGGAUGUCGAAGAAAUAAUUAUACAACGUUAUCUUCAGUCGCCUGAAGCCGGUCUUCCGUUUGAAAUAAUUGACGGUGAUAGCUAUCAUUUUCCACAUUUGUUUCUAACAAAAGUAUUAUCAUCACAAAUGGCAUCGUACUUCUCGAAUAAUAGAGUUUUGAUAAUCAGUGUUCUUGGACCACAAAAUUCGGGAAAAAGUACGUUGCUGAACUACAUGUUUGGCACGUUCUUUGAUAUUCGCGACGGCCGAUGUACACGUGGUAUCUACGGUUCAUUUAUGAAAUCAAACAGACGUGAAUUUGAUUAUAUUCUGCUAAUUGAUACUGAAGGCUUGUUCGGUGUAGAACGUGAGGAUAAAGAAUUCGAUCGAGCAUUAGUAUUAUUAUGUUUAGCUGUAUCACAUUUAGUUAUUGUCAACAUGAUCGGCGAAGUAAAUGAAUCGCUGAAGACAAUGUUAACAUUGUGUGCUGAUUCCCUGAAAGAAAUGGGUGUCAGCCGUAUUCCGCAGUCAAUUGUCCACUUUGUAUUAAACCAGAAAGCUGAUUUAAACAUUCAAAAUCAUAAAGCAGCAAUUGAUAACAUCAUAACGGAUCUGAAAGCUUUUGAUCUGAGUGGAAUAUUAAACUGGAAACAUUUCAUACUCUACCGAAUGCAUUCAAGAAAGAACGUGGCCCACUGA